GGGCGCGGCGGCCGGAAGUCCCGCCCCUCGGGCCGGCCCCAGGCCCCAGGCCCCUUUCCCGCCAUGGCGGAGGUGCUGGAGCUCCCGCGGACGCGCAUCGGGGCCGCUCACAUAGCGCACUUCAUCGACCGGCCCGUGUGCUUCGUGGGGCGGCUGGAGAAGAUCCACCCGAGUGGGAAGUCCUUCGUCCUGGCGGACGGGGAGGGCCAGCCGGUCACCGUGGAGCUGACCCAGCCUCUGGAAGAGGAGAUUUCCGGCGUCCUGGAGGUGAUCGGGAAAGUGACGGCCAAGGGCACCAUCCUGUGCGCCUCCUACCUGCCCUUCCGAGACCACAAGGGCAGCUUCGAUCUCAGGCUCUACAAUGAUGCUCUCAAAGUCAUCCACGAGUUCCCGCAGUAUUACCCCUUUGGGGCCACGCAGCAGGACUGAUGUCUCCUGAUCCGCCCAGACCUGCCCCCACCCCGGACAGGGGCCUUCCGCAGCUCCAGGGGAGCCAGCCCCUCCAUCGACCACACACUGAGACCCUGCAGCAGCCUCGGGUGACUAUCUGUCUAAUGAGGUUAGCUUUGGGUUCCUUUGCCCAGCCAAACAAUUGUUUUACUAAUAAAAAAGUACAAUUAUGCUCUUGAA